ACUGAAGGAUGCUGUGCAAGAAAAGAAUCGCCUGAGCCUUCAGUAUGCAAGUGUGUCCCACAAAGCACUGCAAUAUGACCAGGUAAAAUCAGACUAUGCCCAUCUUAGAGAAACCCUUCUCAGAGUGACCAAAGAACGAGAUUUGGCUGUAAAGGGAAAACACCAGCUCCAAGCCAAGCUGGAGAACUUAGAGCAGGUCCUAAAGCAUAUGCGAGAGGCUGCUGAACGGCGGCAACAGCUGGAGUUGGAGCAUGAGCAAGCCUUGGCUGUUCUCAAGGCCAAACAGCAGGAAAUUGAACUCCUGCAGAAGGCUCAGGUUGAAGCUAAGAAGGAACAUGAAGGAGCAGUUCAGUUGCUAGAGGCCAAGGUCCGAGAGCUAGAGGAGAAAUGCCGGACACAGAGCGAACAAUUUAACCUCUUGUCCAGAGAACUGGAGAAGUUUCGACAGCAAGCAGGAAAGAUUGAUCUCCUGAGCAGUAACUCGGUGGCAUCCUCAGAUAUCCCUGGUUCUCCCGGUAAAUCUCUGUCCCAGUUAAUGAAUGGAAUAGCCACUUCUAUAGGCAAAGGUCAUGAAAGUCCUUCUGGAAGUCGUUGUGUGAUUUCAGAGUUUAUAAGACCCCUUCAAAUAUCUGGAGACAAACCAGAACAGUUGUCUGUCAAACCUACCUUCCUGUCCAAGUCAAGAUCUGGUACCCCAAGAUGCCGAUUUGAUUCAGACAUGGAUAAUGAUCAUAAUUCCAAUACCUCAAAGCAGAGAUAUUCUGGGAAAGUCCAUCUUUGCAUCGCCCGUUAUAGUUACAACCCUUUUGAUGGACCAAAUGAAAAUCCAGAAGCAGAGCUCCCCCUUACGGCAGGAAAGUACCUUUAUGUGUAUGGAGAUAUGGAUGAAGAUGGCUUUUAUGAAGGGGAACUUCUAGAUGGACAAAGAGGACUGGUCCCUUCAAAUUUUGUGGAUUUUGUUCAAGACAAUGAGACACGGUUAUCAAGCACGUUAAGCAGUGAAACAGAUCAGAAUUUUAUCAACCAUUCAGGUCCUACUUUGGAAGGAGAUCUCUUGGAGAUAAGUCCACCAACUCACAUAGACUCUAGCGUAAUCAGCAAUGGCGCAGGGACUCUGGAUGUGAACAUUGAUGAAAUUGGAGAAGACAUUGUGCCUUAUCCUAGAAAAAUCACCCUUAUUAAACAACUAGCCAAAAGUGUCAUUGUGGGCUGGGACCCACCGGUAGUGCCACCUGGAUGGGGAACCAUUAGCAGCUACAAUGUUCUGGUUGACAAAGAAGUACGGAUGAACAUAGCCUUGGGAAGCAGAACGAAAGCUCUUAUAGAAAAGCUUAACAUUUCUACUUGUACAUACCGAAUAUCAAUUCAGAGCAUUACAAACAAGGGUAACUCCGAUGAACUGCAGUGCACUUUGUUAGUUGGGAAGGAUGUCAUAGUAGCCCCCUCUAAUCUUAAAGUGGAUAAUAUCACCCAGAUUUCUGCUGAGCUGUCCUGGCUCCCUACAAAUAGUAAUUACAGCCACGUGAUCUUUCUUAAUGAAGAAGAAUUUGACAUUGUCAAGGCUGCUAGCUACAAGUACCAUUUUUUUAAUUUGAAGCCCAAUAUGGCCUACAAGGUGAAGGUCAUGGCAAAGCCCCAUCAGAUGCCCUGGCAGCUUCCCCUGGAACAACGAGAAAAAAAGGAAGCCUUUGUGGAAUUUUCUACAUUGCCAGCAGGUCCUCCAGCUCCACCUCAAGAUGUUACUGUACGGGCUGGAUCCAGCCCAGCAACCAUACAGGUGUCCUGGAAACCACCAACUCUGACAGCAACAGGGACCUCCCACGGUGCCAGUGUCAAAGGCUAUGGUGUUUACGUGAAAGGUCAACGGGUGGCGGAGGUGAUCUUUCCAACAGCAGAGAACACAUUGGUGGAGCUAAUGAGCCUAAGGAGCUUGGAAGCAAAGGAAAUUACAGUUCGAACACUCUCUGCACAAGGGGAAUCAGUGGACUCUUCUGUUGCUGCCAUACCAUCUGACCUACUGGUGCCUCCAACCCCUCACCCCAGAACUGCUCUCAAAUCUAAGCCAUUAGCAAGUGCCGGAGCCCCAGAAACCAAAGAAGAACAUUUAGGUCCACAUUUAAAAAUGGAUGAGUCAUGGGAACAGACUCGUUCGGCAUCCCCUGUUCAUGGACACAUGCUUGAGCCACCUUCCCCUAAUUUUCACAGCCCGCUUCAGGGGAGGAGGUCUCCAUCGCCUAACCGAAUACUCCCUCAACCUCAAGGCACACCUGUCCCAAAUACUGUCGCAAAAGCCAUGGCAAGAGAAGCUGCACAACGAGUUGCAGAGAGCAAUAGGAUGGAGAGGAGGAGUGUUUUUAGUGAAAGGAGUAAUGCAGCCCAGUACACUAACUCAGAUGAUGAAGAAGAUGGUUAUGACUCUCCUAAUGUCAAAAGAAGGGGGGCUUCAGUUGAUGAUUUCCUGAAAGGGUCAGAACUUGGAAAGCAA